AAAAUGAAUAUUUUAAAAUUAAUUAAAUCUUAAUCUAAUAAAAACUAUUUCCGUAGUUUUUCUUCUAUAAAAAGCAUUCAUGCCCGUGAAAUAUUAGAUUCUCGUGGAAACCCUACAGUAGAAUGUGAAGUAACCACAUCAAACGGUAUUUUUACAGCUGCAGUUCCAUCUGGCGCUUCUACAGGCAUAUAUGAAGCUGUCGAGAUUCGAGAUAAUGUAUCUUUUAGGUAUGGUGGAAAAGGUGUAUAAUAAGCAGUAAAUGCAGUAAAUAUUACAAUAGCAGAUGCUUUAAAAGGUGAAAGUGUUACCGAAUAAUAAAAAAUAGAUGAAAUAAUGGUAAAAAGACUCGAUGGAACAUUUAAUAAACAUGGUUGGACAAAAUCUCAUUUAGGUGCUAAUGCAAUUCUUUCUGUUUCUUUAGCAGUUGCAAGGGCUGGUGCAGCUGCAAAGGGAAUUCCUUUAUAUUAAUAUUUGGGAAAUUUAGCAGAGAAAAAAUAAUAGAAAUUUAUAAUGCCGGUACCUUCAUUAAAUGUCAUAAAUGGGGGAAAACAUGCAGGAAAUAAAUUAGCUAUGUAAGAAUUUAUGAUACUUCCGAUAGGAGCAAAUUCUUUUAAAGAAGGUUUAUAGAUGGGAGCAGAAGUAUAUCAUGCUUUAAAGUCAGUAAUUAAGAAAAAAUAUGGAUUAGAUGCAACUAAUGUAGGUGAUGAAGGUGGAUUUGCGCCUAAUAUUUAAGAAACUAGAGAUGGUUUAAAUUUAUUAGUUGAAGCUAUAUAAAAAUCAGGACAUGAAGGAAAAAUUGUAUUAGGAAUGGAUGUAGCAGCUUCUGAAUUUUGGAAUGAAAAAUAGAAACUUUACGAUUUAGAUUUUAAGAAUAAAAGUAAUGAUGGAUCACACAGAAUAAGUGGAUAAUAAUUAACUAAAUUAUAUGAAGAAAUAUGUAAAGAUUAUCCUAUUAAAUCAAUUGAAGAUCCGUUUGAUUAAGAUGAUUGGAUCGCAUAUCAAAAUAUGAAUGAAUCUUUAGGAUAAUAAGUAUAAAUUGUAGGAGAUGAUUUAUUAGUAACUAAUCCAAUGAAAGUAUAAAAUGCCAUAGACAAACUAGCUUGUAAUGCACUUUUAUUAAAAGUUAAUCAAAUUGGAACAGUAACUGAAUCUAUUUAAGCAGCUAGAUUAGCUUAAGAUAACAAUUUUGGAGUUAUGGUCUCACAUAGAAGUGGAGAAACUGAAGAUACCUUCAUUGCUGAUUUAAGUGUAGGGCUUGCUUGUGGUUAAAUUAAAACUGGAGCUCCUUGUAGGUCUGAAAGAUUAGCAAAAUAUAAUCAAUUGCUAAGAAUCGAAGAAUAAUUAGGAUCUAAAGCAGUAUAUGCAGGAUAAUACUUCAGAUAUCCUUCUAAUUUACUUUGAUUUUUUUUAAAAAAAAAAAAAUAUAUUAAUUUUUUUUUCAUGGUUUAUAUUUUUAAAAACUCAAUU